AUGGAUUACUUGAAUAGUAUAUUAUCCCAGCAAAACCAGGUUCAGCUGGUAGAGGAAGCAAUUCCUACUCUUUGUAAUAGACUACAGCAUGCCACCUUGUCCUCAGAUAGAAGAUCAGCUGUAUUGGGAUUAAAAAGUUUCAGUAGACAAUAUAGAGAGUCUGUUGUUGAAUAUGGUUUAAGGGCAUUGAUUAUAACAUUGAAGAAGGACUCCUCGAAUCCUGUUAUUAUUAAGGCGAUUUUGGAAACGUUACUUAUUCUAUUUAUUAGAGGUGAAGGAGACGAUGAUUUGACUCGAGGAUGGAUUUCACAACAAUCAAGACUCCAGAAUGGAAAAUAUCCAUCUCCAAUAUUGAUGAAUGAUGGGUCCAUUGAUCACUUUUCUUUGUGGAUCGCCGACGAGCUUACCCAAGACGAAGAGUGCAUUUCGUUAUUACUUGAGAUAUUACUGGAGAAUGACAACUUCCACAUUAGGUUAUACACCUUGCAAUUACUAGAAGCAUUAGUAUCAACAAGAGGGGAAAAAACUAAGGACUGUUUAUUGAAUAUACCAACGGCCGUUUCUACUUUGGUUUCUCUCUUGAAUGAUUCACAUGAUCCUGUUAGAAAUGAAGCCAUUUUGCUUUUAAUGGCAAUCGCUAAUCGUAAUUUUAAUAUCCAAAAGCUAGUUGCAUUUGAAAACACUUUUGAUAGUCUUUUUGAUAUUAUUGAUGAAGAAGGAGGAAUAAGAGGCUCUAUUCUUGUACAAGAUUGCCUAACGUUAAUUACCAAUUUAUUGCAGUAUAAUGCAUCUAAUCAGAAAUUUUUCCUAGAAACCCAAUGUAUCCCGCGUUUAGCUAAGUUAUUGGGAGAGCCUGUUGAAGAUGAUGCGGAUAGUGGUAUGACGGAUGAAAACGGUAUGCCUAUAGUUGCACCACCUAUGGUAUGGACGGAACAGAGACUACAGAACAUGGUUAUUGCCUUGGAAAUAUGUAGAAUAUUAGUCUCCGAAGACAAUGAAUCACUACAAGUUAACCAAGAGAAACUCUUUCAGUCUGGUGUUUCGUUUAUCGUUUUGAAACUAGUUUUCUCGCCAGUAACAGCUAAUGCAGUAAGAUCAAUCGCGUUGCUCACGACGGCAGAUUUAAUAAGCAGUAAUCCGGAUAUUCAGUUACAAUUUUCACAAAUUGAUGUGCCUUAUAUUGAUCCGUCUAUGCCGACUCAACUAAAGUCGUACGAUAGGCCGAUCCCUGUCACUGUCGCAUUGCUCAACUGGACACUAUUCAUUAAUUCAGUCCACGUAUUUGAUAUAAGAAUGGGUGCAGCAUUGUGCUUACAUGCAUAUUUUAAAGAAAAUAAGGAUUCAAAGUCAGCCUUUUUAACGGAUCAAAUAAAGGCCUAUGCGGACCCUGAAUAUUUCUCAAAUUUGGGUGACAAUAAAGAAGACAAAACAGAUGAUGCUACAAAAGACAACGUCGUUAACAAUGGAUCUUCUAAUAAUGAAGUGAAUUCAGUAGUUGAUGAGAAGCCGCAAGAUGAAAAUACUAUUCCUACGCCCUUUGGAAAUAUAUUUGCAACCUUAAUGGAUUAUGAUGCUGAUAUUAAACUAAACCCAUACAGAUUAUGGUUUGCCUCUAUUAUUUUGAUCUAUCUUUUUGAAGAAUAUGAAGAAAACAAAAUCGCGGCGCAGAAGGUUUAUACUGGUGACGAAAGUGCUGGUGAAGAAGUGAUGAGUUCAAUUCAAGCCAUAUCAGGUUUAUUAAUAACAACCUUAGAUAAUAUGGAUCCGCGUAUCUCGAUUGGUUAUUUAAUGUUAUUAACUGUUUGGUUGUACGAAGAUUUCAAUGCCGUAAAUGAAUUUUUAGAUGACUCGUCAAUUAUUAAGUCCAUAUUGGCAUUCUUAUCUAAUAAUUCCUCAGAGCUGACUGUGUUGGUUCAUGGUAUGGCUACAAUUUUAUUAGGUGUAGUAUAUGAAUUCUCAUCGAAAGAAUCCCCUAUACCUAGGCUUGAAUUACAUUCUCUUCUAGUUAAGGCAAUGGGCAGAGAUAACUAUUCUUUGAAGGUAAGGCAAUUUAAGGAUAAUGAGCUUUUCAAAAGUUUCGACGAUGAAUCACCCUUAAGUAAUACUAAAGAUCAGACCGGUUUGCCUGAUGUUUACUUUGGAACUAUUUAUGUAAAUUUGAUCAAAGAAAAUUUCCCUCGAUUGAAGAGAGCAUUAUUUCAUGACCCGCAUGCCGAACCUCAGGGACAUAUAUCGUUCGAGCUUUACGAAGAGUUAGACACAAAACAUAAUUUACUUAAAACUCAAUUAGAAGAGGAGAAAGUCAAAGCUUCUGAGACAGAAACGAAACUUCAUGAAGAAAUUAAUAAAUUGAAUAGAGAUUGUGAAGACGUGAAAUUAAAAUUAGAUAAAGCUUGUAAUGAAUUAAAAGAAUUAGAAAACAAGCAUUCGUCCGUCAGCGAGAAGUACAGCAAUACCCUCAAAAGUUUACAAGCAACAGAGAAAUCAAAGAAAGAGUUCGAAACUUCUUCUGGUAAAUACUUCAAAGAGUUACAAGAAGCCUUAAAAAAAGUAGGGAUCAGUGAUGAUUUGGUUAAAAGCUUAGAACAAAAAUUAGAAAAUUCUGAACAGGCUAGACAAAAGGCCGAAGAUGGUAUAAACAAAAUGAGCAGAGAAUUGUUUCAUCUUAGUAAACAGAAGAAGGAAUCUGAUAGUAAUAUAAAGUCUCAUGAAAAGAAAAUUGACUCUUUGAAGUUAGAGAUUGCCAACAUUACCAAAACAUUUGAAGCGAGAAUUGAAAAGCUACAGAAAGCUAAUGACUUGUUCAAAGAAAAAGUCGAAGAUUUAAAUAAAAAAAUCUCUGAAUCAGUAUCCUAUAAUGAACACAGUGAUAAAAAGUCUCGCGAAAUGAAGGAGAAACUCGAUGAUGUAGAAGCAACUAAUGAACAUUUGAUGGAUAAAUUAAGAUCUGCUGCAUCUGCAUUUCAAGAGAUGAAAUCCGCUAAAGCUUCGUCAGAUAAUGAGAUCGAUAAAUACAAAAUUGAAAUCAAAAGCAAACAGGAUGAAUUUAAUUCAUUGCAGCUGGAAUUUACGUUAUUAAAAGAAGAGAAGGAGAAAAUUAAUAAAGAAUUUGAGUCUUUUAGGUUAGAAUCGUCGGCUGAAGUUGGCAAACUAAAUUCAACCAUCAAUGAUUUAAAGUUAGCUAGAGACUCUUUGGAUAGUAACCAUUCAACCAUUUCUAAUGAAUUUGAAGAAUUGAAAGAGAAAUUGUCACAGGAAUCCAAAAGAUACAGUAAUUUAAAAAUUGAUUAUGACAAACAGCUUGAAUUAUUGAAAUCUGAAAACGAAAAACUUAAGAAAGACUUAGAGGAUAUAGGCAAUUCGAAAGCAAAUGCUGAUGCGAAACAUAGAUCAGUUGAACAUGAAUUGCUGAAUUUCAAGGCAAAACAUACCAAAGUAAAGGAAGAGUUAGAAAAGUCAUUAGAUGCGAAAACAGCAGAGUAUAAUGAUGUUAUAGAAAAGCUAAAAAACAAAGAUAUCAGUAUAGCUUCAUUGAAAGAAACACAUUCGAAAAAAGUAUCAGAGUUAGAUUCUGGUCAUUCUAAGCUUUCACAAGAAUUAGAGGCUGCAAAUUCUAGAUGCUUAGAAAAUGAGAAACGAAUAAAGGAACAUUUGGAUUCAUCUUCUAACCAGGCUAAUCAAAUUUUAGCUUUAGAAAAGGCGAAAGGAGAGUUAGAGACUUCCAUAAAAAACGUAGAGCGAGAAACCAAAAGAUCUACCGAUGAAUUUGAGAAAGAAAAAGCCGAAUUAAACCAAAACUUGACAAAACUUGAAGCUGAAAAACAAAAAGCUGAAAAGAGACUAGACCUGAUGCAGACGGAAAAGGCAAUUGCUGAAAAAGAAUUAACCAAUCUAAAACAAGUACUGGAUGAUAAUAGCAAAUUAGAAACGGAGGUAUCCCAACUAAAAUCAGAGAUUACUCAAUUUAAAGACGAACAUACGUCCAUUAACGAAAAGUUGAGUAGUAAAACUAAAGAGUUAAAAGAGAAGAAAGAUCAAAUUGAAAAUCAAGAAUCCAAACUCGAAGAUCUUGCUAAAUCUUUGGAUAAUGAAAAAAUGCUUGUUAAGGAUUUGAAAGAGAAGAAAGAGGCCUUGGAAACGCGAAUUAAAAAAUUAGAAAAUGAUAUAACUUCUAAUUCUAAAAGUUCCAAAGAAAUGCAAACGAAGAAUGAGAAUUUGGAAACCAAAUUAAAAUCAACUGAAAAGGAUUUAUCGUCUCUGAAAUCAGAAUUUGCUAAUGAAACCAAGAUUCUCAAAGAUCAAAUAGCUGACCAUGAGGUGAGUAUUUCGGGUCUUAAAGCUGACUUAGAUAAAAAGGUUCAGGAGGUGGAAAAAGAACGAAACAUGUUGAGUGAAAAUUCGGAAACAGUUAUUAAAGAAUAUGGUGAUAAAAUAAAAGAAUUAGAAAAGACACUUGGUAUUGCGAAAACUGCUCACGAAUCGAAGUUAAAUGCAAUGUCGAAAGAAAAAAAACUUGCGGAUGAAAGCGUCAAAUCUAUAAAUAUUGAAUUUGAAAUCCAUAAAAACAACACAAAUGAAUCUACUGCUAAACUCACAAAAGAAAUUGAGUCAUUAAAUGUUAAAUUAGAGAAUGAAAAGAAACUUUCGACUUCAAAGCUUUCUGAGAGAGAAGCAGAAUUGAAAAAGGAAUCUGAAUCCUUGAAGGCUACAGAAAAACAGCUCAAAGAUGAAAUUGAGAAUCUUAAGAAAGAGAAAGAUGUUGUAAAUAAUAAUUAUCAACUGAAAAAUCUAGAGUUUUCUACCUUGGAAAAAGAUUUGGCUUCUAAAGUAGAAGAAAUAAAGUCUAUUAAUAAAGUGACUGAAUCAUAUAAGAAGGAAUCAGACGAUGGAAAAUCCAAAAUUGAACGACUUGAAAAAGACCUAGAAGCUGCUCAGAAGUUUGGGGAUGAAACUAAGGAGGAAUUGGACUCCCUUAAUCAAAAGAUUGAGGAAUUGAAGAGUGUAAAUUCCAAUACAGAAGAAACUUGGACUAACAAGCUUAAGGAAUCUGAAUCUAGUUAUGCUGCUCUUGACGAACAGAAAAAAUCGAUAUCUCAAGAAUUGUCAGCUUUAAAAUCUUCCGAUAAGGCAGCUUCAGAAAUGACGAAGCAAUUGGAAAACGAACUUCAGACUUUGAAGGAUGAUAUUGAAGAAAAAUCGAAAUCAAAAAAAGAAUUAGAGGAGAAAUCUACAACUCUUUCUUCAACGAUUAACGAACUUGAAAAUAAACUUGAUGUCAUGAGAAAAGAAUUGGAUUCUGAAAAAUCUAUAAUAGAAAAAUUAUCUGCCGAGUUGAAAGAACAUUCAAAACUGUCGGCUGAUUUGAAAGAAUAUAAAGAGAAAUUUGAAGAGCUAGAAAAGGACCAUGAACAAUUAAAGAAGAAAUUUGAUGCAGAAGGAAAUAUUCAUAGUGAAAAAAUGAAAGAACUAAAAUCUAAGGUUGAUUCCUUACAAGAUGACCUGACAGCAGCAAUCGAUUUAAAAGAUAAAAUUGAAAGCCUCAAUCAAGAAUUAGUAUCAACUAAGAGAACAAAGGAUGAUGAAAUCAAAAAACUCACCAAAGAAUUAGAGUCCACCCACACUUUAAAGAAAAAUGAAAAAGAAUUGAAAAAAGACUUGAAUAGUUCAAAGGCAAAUAUAUCAACGUUGAAAGAAGAUUUAAAUGUAUCCAAGGAGAAUGAAACAAAAUUGAAACAAGAGCUAGAAAUUUCAAAGAAAAAUGAAGAUUCAUUAAACAAAGAACUAGAAUCAUUGAAAUCUAGCCAGACAAAUAAAGAGAGAGACAAUAAAGACUUCGACUCUCAAAAGGCUAAAUUUUUAGAAAGCGAGAAAAAGCUCAAGGAAGAGGUAGAAUCGUUGAAAAAGAAAUUGAAGGAACAGUCCUCGAGCAUGGUACCAAGGUCAGAGUUGGAUGACUUAAUGCUACUCAUGUCAGAUAUUGACGAGCAUAAUAAGAAGUAUAAAAAACAGUUGAAAGCUUUGGGCCAUGAUAUUUCAAGUGACGAAGAAAGCGACGAAGAUGACGACGAUGAGGACGAUGAAGAUGAUGAAGAUGAUGAUUGA